CGCUGGGCGGGCCCCACCAGGUCUCCAUGGCGACCGGACGCGGGCGGAUCCUGAGGCAGCACUGGCUUGGCCUCCAGGCGCAGCGCGGUCCCCUCCUGGGUGGCGGCUGGCCGCGGGGCAGCGCGGGGCCAGCCGCGUGGCGUGCCGGGGCCACCGGGUUCAGAAAGGGGCCUGGUGUCAAAUCCUCUGCAGGCCACACUGCUGUGAAGCAAUAUGCCAGACAUGGCCAGCACAGUGAGAAAUCUUCUAACUGUUCUAUAUCUCUGGAUAGAAUGCCUUCUGAGAUCUUGCUGAAGAUAUUUUCCUACUUGGAUGCUGUGAACCUGCUGUGUGCUGGAUGUGUAAGCAGACGCUUCUAUCAUUUGGCUAAUGACAAUUUUAUUUGGCUCAGAAUCUAUUCAACUGUGUUUUCACCUAAAAGAUCCAACUGGAAAGUUAACUCAGUGGAGGAGACAACUGUGUCUGUGAGUGGACUGUCAGUUGAGGAUAAAGAAGCUGGCUAUUGGAAGAAAGAAUAUAUUGCAAAACAGAUCACAUCUGUGAAGACAGCACUGGCCCAGGUUCUCCAACCUGUCAGCCCCUACACAGGCCUUCCUGUGAAAACCAAAGAGGCCCUUAGGAUAUCAGGUUUAGGUUGGGCAAUUGUAUUGAGAGAAAAAAGUGGAAAAGAAUAUAUCAUGCAGCAUGUUGAUCUUUCUUUAAAUGAUACAUCAGUUACUGUUGUGUGGUAUGGCAAAAACUGGCCAUGUUUAGCAACAUUAACAACCUUGGAUUUGUGUGGUGUGACGCCAGUUUUUAUGGACCGGCAUAAACCUCCUGCCAAAAAUGGACCUCGAUGGUAUUCUUUAAUUGCAAAGUAUGACUUGAGUCACUUAACGGAAUCUACCAUGAUCGGUUGCGACAGACUUGUUCAGAUAUUUUGCCUACACCCUGGUCUCCUGGUGGGGCUAUGGAAGAAGGAGGAAGAACUGGCUUUUGUCAUGGCAAAUCUUCAUUUUCAUCACCUUGUGGAGAGGAGCACAUUAGGCUCAGCCUCUGUGCCCUAUGAGCUGCCUCUUCACAGCCCCUUUUUGGAUGACAGUCCAGAGUACGGGUUGCAUGGCUACCAACUCCAUGUUGACAUGCACGGCGGUGGAGUUUUCUACCUGUGUGGUACAUUUCGCAAUCUCUUCACCAAGAAAGGCUGCAGCUUGAGAAAUCACUCAGUGCUGAGAGUAGAAGUCCCUGGUGGAGCUGCCGCACGUCCUCAGGAUGUCUGUGGAGGACAGAGCACACUCAGGAACGCAGAGGAAGACGGUAGGAGAGGAAACAGCUCCUUUUAUUUAGACUCCUUCUCAAGUCAUUUAAUUCAGUUCGGCAGAUAUUUACUGAGUACCUAGCAGGUUCAGAUGACAACCUGUCACUUCCCAACCUUUACUCCGGCUCACGCUACAAGAAAACGUGUCUAUGAUUCAACACUAAGUUCCCUGUUUUCCACUGUCCAUCCAUUUAGCUUGAAGAUAGGCCGGCAUUUCAGAGUCCAGAGUAAAGUUCUUGAUCCAUGAAUUAAAGAAGGGCUCACAACUCUGCUCUUCACUGGCUGUGUUGGAAUCUUAGAGAGAUUGUUUCACAGGAAAGGAAGUCAGUAAUGCCCAUCCGGUGAUCGGAAAUCCCAUAUAUAUAACAAGCAGCUGCAGAUGGCAUUGAAGGCUGCAGUAGAAUUCUUCCUCCUCCUCAGCAACUCAGGCAGAGGGUGUUGAAAGAAAGACUGCAGACACACGUGUGGCUGGGGAAGGCAGGGUGCAGCUGAAAAGUCCAAUUUUAGAAAGUCAGGAACACUGUAACAUGUGAGCCUCAGAGAGGGGUGCAGGAUGUAAAGUCCUGGAUAGCUAGCUUGGUAGUCCACUUCCAGAAUGACCUUUAGGCUGUCAUUUAGAAGACAAUCCUGCUGACCAAGUUGGCAUGCUAAAUAAAGCCCACAAAGAGGACAUACUGAAUUGAUAAAGCUUCAUGCUUCAUUAAAGUUUGCCAAGGGAGAGAAAUUCCAGUUAUAGGCUGAUAUCAUCUUUCACAUGGUAGAUAGGCAACAAAUGUGGAAUCCAAGUGAGUUUGUUGAAGUGUGUGCAAUUACACAUCUUUUCCCAACUUGAUGCAAAUAAUUAAACUGCUAAUAAUCCAUUAGAAGAGUGGCAUUUUGUUUAUGCGAUUAGGCAAGUUAUUUUUAGAGGUAAAUGAACACUACAAAUUGUGCCCAACUGCCCAGAGAACAUUUUACAGCCGUGUGUGUCCAGAGAAGUCAGUGGUUUGUCUGGGGGCUGUAGCUUUAGUGGAGUUCCUCAGCCAGGGCCUGGAAAGUCUACACAAGGGGGAUGAAAUUGGAACAUUGGGAUAAGCCCUCCUCU